AAGUUUGCCAGAUAAAUGACUACCAACAGGUCCGAACUCUCAGCAGUCGUGCAACCCAGCACGAUUUCCGGCGGUUCUCUCGACGUACGUAGCAUCCUAGCCGUGUCCGAGGCAUGGUCGGAAAGGAACGAAUCGGCUCUAUUAGAGCCAUUUACACACGUCUUCUCCGUCCCCGGAAAAGAAAUUCGUUCACAAAUGAUCGACGCCUUCAAUCUGUGGCUGAAAGUCCCCCAGGACAAGCUCAGGGUCAUCUCGAAGGUUGUGAGCAUGCUACACACUGCAAGUUUGCUCGUUGACGACAUCGAAGAUGACGCUCAGCUGCGCAGGGGCGUACCAGUGGCCCAUAAAAUAUACGGUGUGCCGCAGACAAUCAACUCUGCGAAUUACGUCUACUUCUUGGCGUAUCAGGAGCUCUUCGCUCUACGGUCUGGGAUCGGUGUAGAUGGUCCUUCCGAUGAUCCGAAACGUCUCAUCCCGUUCAAGGAGCUAGACCGAAUAGUGACCGCCGAGCUUCUGUCGCUGCACAGAGGGCAAGGUCUCGAGUUGCUCUGGCGCGAUUCUUUGCAGUGCCCAACAGAAGAGGAAUACGUGUCCAUGGUGAACAACAAGACGGGCGGACUAUUGCGCGUUGCCAUCAAGCUCAUGAUGGCGUGCUCGACGGAGAACAUUGAUGUCGAUUAUGUCCCACUCGUCAACCUCAUCGGUGUGCACUUCCAGAUCCGAGACGAUUACAUGAAUCUGCAAAGCACACAGUACUCCGACAACAAAGGCUUCGCGGAGGAUCUGUCAGAGGGCAAGUUCUCGUUUCCGGUCGUGCACGGAGUCCGUGCAGACACGUCCAAUCGCCAGAUCCUCAACGUGCUUCAGAAACGACCGACCACACCCACGCUCAAGAAUCACGCAAUCAAGUACCUGCGCGAGCACACAAAGUCGUUCGACUACACACUGGGUGUCAUGGACGACCUGGAGGCGCAGAUUCGAGCCGAGAUCGCACGACUGGGAGGGAACGCACAACUGGAGAAGAUCGUCGACCUGCUGCACGUCGAGCGGCACGCCUGAUGUAUCCACGUCACUUUUACUUGCUUAUACAUGCAUAUCCUUCGACCGAUCCCCCGAAUGCAUAUCUCGCGGCGCCCCUCUAACCUCGCGAUCGCGACCCGUGCCAAGGAACGAUUCUGAUGUCCUGGGGUAUUUGAUUUGUUUCCGGGCCAGGUUUCUGGCCUGAUUAUUCGCGCGCCGGAUAUGCCCUCCGUAAGAGUUUUACGAGAGCAUAUCUCUCGCGCGUGACUGCGGUACUUUGACAACUAUCUAGGAGUAAAGACAGAGAAUGGCGGGAGGUCCUCACCGUCCUGUGACAUCAG